CGUGCUUUAUGCCUGUGCGUGUUUCUAAUCCGUGUAUCGAUAGGAGAUAAAUUUUUCCCUCGAUUUUUCUUCCUUUAUGAAAAUAUCAAAUUUUUCCACGUGGAAAUUCCACCUAUACAUGUACCACUAUUCGUUCACCAAGUUGCACGUCUAAAUCUAUUGGAACGAAACGACAACAGUGAAAGCAUAGCAAUCGACAAAACAAAUAGCAGUAGUGAUAUAUCAGAAAAAAUGGCACUACCCAGUAGAGCGCGAGUUUACACCGAUGUAAAUGCACGUAAACCUAGAGAUUACUGGGACUAUGAAUCUUAUGUUGUCGAUUGGGGGCAACAAGAUGAUUAUCAGUUAGUAAGAAAAUUAGGCAGAGGAAAAUAUAGCGAAGUGUUUGAAGCAAUUAAUAUCACAAAUAAUGAAAAAUGUGUUGUAAAAAUUUUAAAGCCAGUAAAGAAGAAGAAAAUAAAAAGGGAGAUUAAAAUCUUAGAAAAUCUUAAAGGUGGGACCAACAUAAUUACUCUCCAAGCAGUUGUCAAAGAUCCUGUAUCAAGGACACCGGCACUGAUUUUUGAACAUGUCAACAACACAGACUUCAAGCAAUUAUACCAGACGCUAACAGACUACGACAUAAGAUACUACCUCUACGAAUUAUUAAAAGCAUUGGAUUACUGUCAUAGUAUGGGAAUAAUGCACAGGGAUGUGAAACCGCACAACGUAAUGAUAGAUCAUGAAAAUCGAAAGUUGCGGUUAAUCGAUUGGGGUCUAGCAGAGUUCUAUCAUCCUGGUCAAGAAUAUAACGUACGAGUAGCCUCGCGUUAUUUCAAAGGUCCAGAAUUACUCGUAGAUUUUCAGAUGUAUGAUUAUUCGUUAGAUAUGUGGUCACUCGGAUGCAUGCUUGCCAGUAUGAUAUUCAGGAAAGAACCGUUCUUUCAUGGACACGAUAAUUAUGACCAACUAGUUAGAAUUGCAAAGGUUCUUGGAACCGAGGAACUGUUCGAAUACCUUGAGAAGUACCAUAUCGAAUUGGAUCCUCGUUUCAACGACAUCCUAGGACGACAUUCGCGUAAACGUUGGGAACGUUUCAUGCAUUCGGAGAAUCAGCAUUUGGUAUCACACGAAAGUCUUGAUUUUCUUGACAAACUUUUGCGCUACGAUCAUUAUGAGAGACUCACCGCACGCGAAGCUAUGGAGCAUCCCUAUUUUUAUCCAAUAGCGAAAGAACAAGGUCGAUUAAACAUGGUAUCAUCGUCACCUACUCCCGUAACAGGUUCGUUGCCUGUAGGUAUCGAUACUUGUUGGCGCGAGGGGCUUAAUCGAAACCUUAGGCGUGACUGUGAGCAGCGUGCCGGUUCAUGGAACAGACGGACUGAAAUAUGUGGUGGGAAGAGUUACAAAUGGGACUCGGAAAACUCUAAAGUAUUCAUCACAUCCGUUGCGUCUUUUACAUACGAUAUUCGACUAUUCGCUCGUUAUGUACUAACGGCUGAUCUAUUCAUUCCACCUGAACUUGCGAAAUCAAGAAGAAAAGUACUAAUUCGUAUGACGGUGGACCAUUCUUUAUGUAAAUGGCGAUUAUAUUCUGACAUGGUAUAUAAAGUUCUACAUUUUAGACAUUCCUUGUUCUUUAAUCCGGGAAUCACUUGAACGAACUUAUUUUUUUUUUUUUCUUGUAACGGAAGCGAUCCGCUGUGUAUAUGAUUCAAGUCGAACGGCUAUAGACGGAAAAAAAAAAUUAAUUUAUGUGUUCGUUGACUGUAGUAUAACUGCGAAUGGUUUAGAAACGAAGCUGUGUAGAAUGGCAGAAUGAAAUAAUCUAUCAGAUCAGAGUACGUGCUCCGUCCAUAUUGGCCGGUGUACGUGUGCCAUUGAAAUAUUUGUAUGUUGCCUUUUUUCCAUCUUGUGAUUUAUGAUUAACCGUGUUUCAUUGACGCUACUACCAAACGCCAUGGUCACGGGAAAUUCGUAAACGCGUAAAGAUACGAUUAGAUCAUGUUAUGCCAUUUGGAAGAUCGUCCGUUACUAUACAAGCCAUCGUAAUUAAGACGAUAUACGAAGCAAAAGCCACGUGUAUUUGCAUCCACACAUACAUACACACACACACACGCGCACACACACACAUACAUACAUACAUAAAGCACGUGCUCACACUUAUACAUGUACCUUUAGGCCGCUCGGUUUAGUACUUUUAACGAUGAUAAAAAUGUUCGUUUAUAUCUGAUACAAUGAUAGUUGAAUAAAAUGUUUGUUAUAGCCAAGUACUCUUUGUGCUCUGUGAAUACCUAUGUAUCCAGUAAUAGACACGUUACCAACGCGUUGGUUAAAAGAAAAAAAAAGAAAAAGGCAUCGUUAAUCGAGAAACGAGAAUGCGAUUUUUCAAACGCUAGUCCCCCUCUUGUUAACUUCAAUGCUCAUCUACGUUUCUCGGUUAUUCCGACGCGCGUAGUUCGCAUCGAAAUCCAUAAUUCGCGCGAUUCAAUUCAAACAUCGAUCGAAGCGAGAAUUCACAGGCACGUUAAAAAACACUUGGCGUCAGCAAAAGCCUACACACGAACGAUACACGCGCCGAUAACGAACCGAAACAUUUGUAUUGCUGUACAUUUGUACGCUUGAUGCGCUGAUCAAAGAAAUUACACGAAUUAUUUCGUAUACAGCAUUACCAAUGUGUUUCUUAUAAAUUGAACGAGUAAUUAUUUAUAUACGAAUUUAAGUCAAUUUAUUGUGUACAUUUGAAGAGAAAAGAAAAGAAAAAAAAACGUUCACCACUAGAAGAAGAUGGGGAAGAGAGAAAGUGCGAGGGAGAGGGAAAGAGAAAUGACGUACUUUUGAAGAAUGUAUAGGAAUUAUAGCACACUCCACUUGUAUACCAUGUCCUUUCGUAUUAUUUCGAAAGAAUUCGUCAGUUCCUAUACGUAUAAAUUGCGCAUAAAGUACGGUCAAUUCGAUAUAUAUAUAUAUAUAUGUAUAAUGUAUAUAUGUAUGCGUGCGCAUACGCACACAUACGUAUAUACGUAUAUAGGAAACACGUAUAUACGCUAGCGUAUUACAAAUGCGUACCCUACCAAGCGGAGUGUGAAUUUAAAUUCGAGCAUUAUGUGCCCUCGAAUAUUAUCGAAUAUUAAGUAGUAAUGUUCGCUUUUUAUUCUGAUCACUGCGCCGUUUUUGCCUUAUUCUCAUGUAUUUUAAGAUUUCACAUGUAUAUAUGUAUAUUUUAUUUUUCAAUAAUGCUAACAAAAAAAAAAUAUAUAUACAUAUAUAUAUACGUGUACGCAGAUAAGCGAAAAUAAGCGAGAGAGUACAUAGAUGUGCGAGGUGGAAUACUGCGCUAUAGAUGUUAAACAUGUAAAAAAAAAAAAAAAAAAAAAAUAUGAAGGAAUACUCCGUGUACGAGUAAAGUAUAAAUACAAUUUUAUUUAUUAUGCUUAUAAUAAUUGUCGUAUCGCUAGUACACGACAAAUAAUCUAAUUUCAAGUCAUCUUCACGUGGCAAGAACGGCGCAAAUGUAAUUGUUUAUCCAAGUUUGAUAACCUUCCCUGUUCAUGCGUUAAGUUUACGAUAAUCUAGUUUAGUUUUAUAGAAGAAAAAAAAAAAGAAACUAUUGAAUAAUUGCUAUUUAAAUCUGCAAACGAACUCAAAACGGAAAGAAGAAAAUUAAGAUAACGAAUUGUCACUAAUAUAAUUAAUAUAUUACGCUGGAUAUUUUAACUUCGAUAAUUUUAACUUGCAACGUCAUAAUUUUCUUAUUACGUACAUAUACAUUGAAAGCAAAAAUGUGAUGUCAAAUGGAAAUCACUGGAAACGCCGUUCAAUCGUCAUCGUUCAUUUAUAGGCCAGUCUUAAAAAUUCUUUCACAUUUACCUUCGAGAACGGCUGUAUCCUGAGAGAAGAAAGUGCACUGAAUGUUUCAUCGUACACAAAUGUAUAUUCAAAUUUUAUAUACUUUCAUUAUAAUGCCAAAGCGAUAAAGUAAAAUUUGUUUACAGACUUUUUCAACAUUUUCCUGUUUUUCUCUUCGAUUGCAUAGAGAUUACUUAGAUUCUUCGUUUGUUUAAACGCGGGAUAGUGUAAAACAAAGUAUUUUGACGUGGUUGAGGUAUGACAAUAAAAAUUAGCCAAAGUGCACGAAAAUGCUUUGACUUGAACCUGUCAUCGAUCGUUGAAGCAUUAUAACAAAAGAAAAAGAAAAAAAAAAUAACCCAUUUUUAUAUUAUGCAAUAUGUUUUUUCAUGUUUUUGCAAUGUUUACUCGGGGAAUUAUUGAUACGAUGGCAAAAUAAAGUAAUGACAAAACGUU